UCUCUGCUAGUAAAUGCUCCCAAGUCCCAACCACUCCCCACCACCUCUCAAUUAUCAUUCUCAUUCCUUUUCCGACCUCUAUAUAAAUCCCUACGCAUCUCGAACUCUCAGUACUCUCUCUUAACUCACUGCGACAAACUGAAAAGUACUAUCUUGUUCUAUACAGAUCUCAUCUCCCACACUCUACUUGUACGCAUAUAUAUAUAUAUACAUACGCAAAAAGCAAAUCAAAUGGCUUGGGCCGCGCCGAGCAAACAGCGAGCGGUUGUUUUGUGCCUGCUGAUCAUUGCGGCUGCGGUCGCGCCCGCGGCGAGGGCGGCGAUCAGCUGCAGCGACGUGUACAGCGAGCUGCUGCCGUGCCUGGACUACAUGCAGUCGGGCGGGGCGGUGCCCGACGACUGCUGCAACGGCAUCCGGCAGCUGGUGGCCUCGGCCGGCACGACCGCCGACCGCCGCGCGGCCUGCGGCUGCAUCAAGUCUGCCGCCUCGGGGGUCAGCGGGCUCAACGUCGGCCGCGCUGCCGCGCUGCCCAAGGCGUGCGGCGUCUUGAUUCCCUACAAGAUCAGCCCCUCCACUGACUGCUCCAAGAUAAACUGAAACUGGUGCUGAGGAGGGUUUGGAGAGAGUAAGAGGGAGAGAGUGAGAAAUUAGAAAGUGUGUUUGUGUAUGUCACCUCUGUGGUUAGAGUACUUGAAUAAUAAUUUGUAGGGCUUUGAUGUGUUGAGAGGAACUUUUAUAUGAACUGUUCUGAUCUGUAAUGCACUUCAAAUCUGUCACACUGCAAGAUGUAAUAACUCUGCUGUUUGUGGUGAUCAGUCGCAUUUUAGUUCUCGUUUAUAGUAUCGCUGUACGGAUACUUCAGAUAGUUUGAUGAAAAACUAUUUUGUUUGUUUUCGUAUUAAAAUCGCGCUGUGCAGAAGCUUAUUUUU